AUGCCAGUUCAACAGUCUGCUACAAAUACCACACCCUCACUGCAAGAGCAAUUUGUCUUGAUUGUCGCAGCAAUAAUAUUACCACCAUUAGCUAUAUUCUUAAGCAAAAAGUAUUCUAUUUGGAAUAAGGAGUUUUGGAUUUCUGUUGUUUUGACCUUGAUUGGACAUAUUCCUGGUGCUAUAUUUGCCGUAUACUAUUUGUUGUGUGUUCAAUUUCCUCAACAAGGUGUUGAAGGUUAUACUCAAUUACCUGAUGACGUAGAGCAACAAUUGCAUGCUGAACAUCAACAAGGGCUGAGCCAAGAGCAACCACAAGAACAACAUCAAGGUAUCCGCAUUUACCAUGAUGAAGAACAUGUUCAACCCAAGGAGAACCAAAUUUUGACUGCUAACGAUUUGCCUAGUUAUGACGACAUUGUAGGUUCAUCUGAAGCUGCUACGGGACAUCGUGAUGUCAAGGGUGGAGACAAUAAAAUUCAGCACUGA